AAGAGCUCAAAGAGCGUGAUGGGCGUUUCGGAAGCAACUGGGCGCUGCUUUGCUUUCGUGUGACAUAGGAAAUACACAUUUUAACUUAUAAAAAUAUGGAAGGAGCACCUCUUGCUUCGGAGGGACCAGUACGCAGUUUCUUUCAUCGCGGUGCGUGUCAACAGCUUAGUUGCUUGUCAGUCCGUACGAGAGGAAGGAUGUCUGAAGGCGGAGAACGUUUGGUGGUCCAACCAGGACAGCCCGAAGUGUAUGUGCCGGUCAGUGUCUCAGCCUCUGAUCACAAGCGACUGCCAGGUUUCGUGAAGAUCCGCUAUGUGUUCGCAAUACUUGGUUUUAUACUAAUGGCUAUUGUGUAUGGGUUGAAGGUCAAUCUGAGUGUGGCAAUUGUGGGCAUGAGGAACCAAACUGCAGAGAAAUCUGGUGCAGUGAAUAUAACUCAUUCUGACUGCCCUGAUCAUGUGCGUGAUGCCACAACAGCAAAGGAUGGCCCUUUUGAGUGGGGAGAAGAAGUAAAAGGUGUCAUCUUAAGCUCAUACUUCUUUGGGUAUCUGGUGAGCCAAGUGCCUGGUGGACGUGCAGCAGAAGUGUUUAGUGCUAAAUGGAUUCUGUUUGCUUCAGUAGCUCUAAAUAUUAUCCCUACACUUCUCACACCUCCAGCUGCAAUGAUACAUUGGUCAGUUCUUGUUGUGUUGAGAAUAAUUGAAGGAGUUGGUGGUGGAUUUUCAUUUCCUGCAUUGCAUGUAAUGAUUUCCAGAUGGUCACCGGUUGAGGAACGUAGUCUGAUAUCUUCAAUUGUUUAUGCAGGCACCGCAGUUGGUACUGUUCUGUCCCUUCUGUUCACUGGACUUAUAGUUCAGUAUAUUAACUGGGAAGCAGUAUUCUACAUCAUGGGAGGUUUAUCCAGCAUCUGGUGUGUGCUGUGGUGGUUACUAAUGACAGACAGCCCACGAAUAAACCCUUACAUCUCAGAAGAAGAACGAGAUUAUAUUGCCAGCUCUCUUGGUGAAGAUAAAGAAGAAGUAACACAAAAGAAAUCAUCAGUGCCAUGGAAACAUGUGUGGACAUCACUUCCCUUCUAUGCCAUCCUACUGUCUCACAUGUUCAGCAAUUGUGGAUGGUACAUGCUCUUAAUAGAGACACCCAUUUACUAUGACCAAGUCCUUAAACUUCCAAUAUACAAGAUUACCAUCUAUUCUUCAUUCCCAUUCUUCACACUCUGGCUCUACUCUUUAGCACUAAGUGCAUACCAGAGUAAACUAAUUAGCAGGAAGGUAAUUACUAUUACAACAGCCAGAAAAAUUUCUACAUUUUUAGCAUCUGCAAUACCAGCUAUAUGCCUUGUGGCUAUAAAUUUCUUGCAUUGUCAGGAGGGCUUGAUUUUUGCAUUGAUGGCUGUUGGCACAACUUUGAUGGGUGGCAUGUUCUCUGGAUUUCUUAGCAAUCACAUUGACAUUGCUCCUCGAUUUGCAGGAACUUUGAUGGGAAUCACAAAUACUAUUGCGACUAUACCAGGAAUCAUUGUACCAAUCAUUGUUGGGCAGCUCACCAAAACAAAUCACACAAGGGAGCAAUGGAGUAUCAUCCUUAAUUCUGCGGCAGCAUUCCUGGCUGCAGAAGCAGUAGUAUACACAGUGUUUGGCAGUGGACAAGAGCAAUUCUGGAACAAUCCAGAUGUUUCAAAAGAUGAAACAAAAGAUGCAACUGAAGAUGUGGAUGAGGACACAAAAAUUUAAUGGUGCUUGUUAUGGACUUUUAUGUAUUUUGUAAAGUGUGUUUUAUUUAUUUUUUAAUAUUCAGUGAUUAGGGGUAGGUAUGUAUUUCCAGAAAUGUUAGAAUUUAUUUAAAAUGUGUAUGGGGAAUGUUCUAAAAAUUAACCCAUGUGAAUGUACAAAAAAAGCUAGGAUGAACUAGACAGACAAAAAAUAAAGAAGUCUAUCACCAUCAUUUCCUAUCAUC